GGUAAAAGAAAGGUCCAAGAUAAGAAAGCCAGACUUGGACCUUCUGCUAAUAAAGUAAUAACUCCAAUUGAAGACCGGAUCUGUAAUUUACCCUCCAACAAUCUUGAUCGGGUGAAGCUGACAGAUUUCAACUUUCUCAUGGUACUUGGGAAAGGGAGCUUUGGGAAGGUGCUGCUGGCAGAACGAAAGGAUACAGAUGAACUGUACGCAGUCAAAAUACUGAAAAAAGAUGUGGUGAUUCAGGAUGAUGAUGUAGAGUGUACUAUGGUUGAAAAAAGAGUUCUAGCCUUGCUGGAGAAGCCUCCUUUCCUAACACAGCUUCAUUCCCGCUUCCAGACAGUGGACCGCCUGUACUUUGUCAUGGAGUAUGUGAAUGGUGGUGACCUCAUGUAUCAUAUUCAGCAAGUAGGGAAAUUCAAGGAGCCCCAAGCAGUGUUCUAUGCAGCAGAGAUCUCAGUGGGACUUUUCUUUCUCCAUAAAAAAGGAAUCGUUUAUCGGGAUCUGAAAUUAGAUAAUGUAAUGUUGGAUUCUGAAGGACACAUAAAGAUUGCAGAUUUUGGGAUGUGUAAGGAGCAUAUGAGUGAUGGCGUAACAACAAGGACCUUUUGUGGGACUCCAGAUUACAUUGCACCUGAGAUAAUUGCUUAUCAGCCAUACGGAAAAUCAGUGGACUGGUGGGCCUAUGGUGUAUUGUUAUAUGAGAUGCUUGCUGGUCAGCCCCCAUUUGAUGGUGAGGAUGAAGAUGAGCUCUUUCAAUCAAUAAUGGAACAUAAUGUUUCUUAUCCAAAAGCCAUGUCCAAAGAAGCUGUGUCCAUUUGUAAGGGGUUGAUGACUAAACACCCUGCCAAACGUCUUGGUUGUGGGUCAGAGGGAGAGAGAGAUAUCAGAGAACAUGCAUUCUUCAGGAGAAUUGACUGGGAGAAACUGGAGAACCGAGAGAUACAGCCUCCAUUCAAGCCUAAAGUGUGUGGCAAGGGUGCCGAAAACUUUGACAAAUUCUUUACCAGAGGACAGCCAGUGUUAACACCACCUGAUCAGCUGGUUAUUUCUAAUAUAGACCAAACGGAUUUUGAAGGAUUCUCCUAUGUCAACCCACAAUUUGUUCAUCCCAUUUUGCAAAGCAUAGUAUGAAAGUGAUAGACAUGGAAGCCACACAGUGAAAAAUUGUCCUUAACUCUGGAGUUUUUAGACCUUUGCCUUGUUGAUUCCAUUUGGGUCUGAAAAUUGUAGGGGUAGGAAGCAGGGGUAAGAAGUAAAGGGAGAUUUUGAGGUUUACAAGCAAAGAGUGUGUGGUCUUCGGAGAUCACCACAUGAGCACCCCAUUGUAUUCAUUUAGGAAUCACUGCUGCUUUUAGGUUACUUUUAUGAAACUAGUCUUUGUCAGUGCAUUUUUAUAACUUCUGUUGUCCCCAUUUGUACCUUGUAUCUCA